GUCUGUUCUCAAGUGCACUUUGAAUGUGUUCAGUGUGUCUGUGCCAGGGGCAUGACCAGCAUGUUCAAAAGCACGACAGAGCUGCCGCAGUUGCAGCUUAGGGUCGACCAGCAGCACCAAGACGGUGGCGCAGCCGGACCGUCAGCCGGACCGGCCCACGGACAUGAACACUGCGGCCCAAACCCGCUCGACGCGGCCGUCGGAAAACUCCUCGAUGGAUAUGACUGGACUUUAUUGCCGGUCACCCAAAGGGCAGCGACGGCCAGCAAGAGGUUAGCGCACGUGAAGCGGCCGAUGAACGCAUUCAUGGUUUGGGCGCAGGCUGCCAGGAGAAGACUCGCUGAUCAGUACCCACAACUGCACAACGCAGAACUCAGCAAAACCCUCGGCAAAUUGUGGAGAAUUCUCAGCGAGGCGGAAAAGCAGCCAUUCAUGGAAGAAGCAGAAAGAUUGCGAAAUGCCCACAAGAAGGACCAUCCUGAUUACAAAUACCAGCCACGAAGGAGGAAACCACCGAAGUCUCGCUCUCAGCGGCAAUCUCAGCAAGGAAACGAAGAAGCAAGCCCUGGUGUUCGUUAUGUCGAGUCGGAGGCUCCGAGUAGCAACAGUAGUAGCAGCGUCUCUUCUGCAAGAGCUUUUCAAAGACUUCCAGCGACGGCGGCAAAUAAUAUGACUCUUCAAUCAGAGGGUUCUUCUCCAGGCGCUCCUCCAACGCCACCGAAAACACCUCAUCAGUCAAAUUCAAAUGUUUCAUCCGCCAUGGGAUCUAUUAGAGUUACUCAGUCAGCACCAAAGAGCAGCCCUCCCGACCUAAGAUCAAAUAGGAUGGAUUGCAAUUACCAGGCUCGAGACUGCAACCCUGUGGCAGAGGUUUCAGUCAACUUGCACGAGGAAAAAGGGUUUCCCGGCCAGUGCUUCCAGUAUCAUCAGCAGUAUGAGCCCACGGUAUCCAGCAACACUUCGUACACGCAGCGACAUCAGACGCCGAGUUUCUACUCUCUGAGACAGGAUAAUGAAGCUGGGGGAGCUUUCGGCCCCACAAACCGGCACUCGCCCUUUGACCAGCCGCAAACGUACCCAGCGCAGCCACAGGCCUUUUAUCACCACCCAUACCAGGGACCGCCUUACUACAUGCCUCCGAGAUAGAUUUGUAAUAUAAAAAUCAUAUAAGAAUGUGGAACUUGAUUUUCAAAAAUUGCCUUUUUACUUGUCUUCUAUUAAGGAAUUAUUAAUCAAUUGCCGGAUAUUAAAUGAGCGAACCGUCUAACACUAAAUGCAAAAUAAAAAUACUUUUGAAUUAUUUAUUAACA